UUAAGUGCUUAAACUACAAUACUCUCCUACUUGGAGGGUUAGUUCUUUGAGUUGAGUUUAACAAACAAAAGAUGGUGAAAUUCACUAAGCAAUUUGAGGGUCAAUUAGUUCCCGAAUGGAAAGAAGCCUUUGUUGAUUAUUGGCAACUUAAGAAAGAAAUCAAGAAAAUUCAUUGUGACUCGACUUCUUUUACAUCAAAACCAAAACAAAAAAGCUCUCUAACAAAUUUCCUCUUCUCACCUCUACAGAAACUUUCUUUAUUUGGAAAUGAACGGUGCAAUCGUGAAGUCAUUCACGUUCACAGUAAGCUUGCAUCGACAUCUAGCAGGGCACUUCUCUACGAAACAGAAGUAUUAGAGCAGUUUGAUCAGACUGAAGCUGCUAGUAAAUUCUUUGCUCUUUUGGAUCACCAGCUUAACAAAGUGAAUGAAUUCUACAGAAAGAAAGAAAAAGAAUUCCUCGAUAGAGGGGAAUGCCUUGAGAAACAAUUACAUAUCUUGGUUGAUCUCAAAACCGCACUAAAAUAUCAGCACAAAAAUAAAGCUAAUUCAUCCCACCAUGACUCCAAGGAUGUGGAAUUAUCUGGCACUAUUUCAUGUGAUGAAGAAUCCAGCAGAGGCAUGACAGAACAAGAUUUACAGGAAGUGGAAGACAUAACAGAAGAUCUGGACAACAAUUAUGAGUCACCAAGAUUGAAGGAGGAAGAACCGAAUCUCUCUGGGGUUACUAGUAAUAACUGCCAUGGAAAAAAACUGAAAAUUCGCAUUCCUCUAACCAACCCAACACGCACGUUCUCCUAUUUACUAUGGGAAGAUCUGAUCAAUCAAUCAUCCCAAAAGCAGAGUUCUCAUGGAAAAAAGCUUCACAUUAACAAAACAAAACUCCAUCAUGCUGAAAAAAUGAUUCGGCGAGCUCUUAUUGAGCUCUACAAGGGAUUGGGCUAUCUAAAAACUUACAGGAAUCUAAACAUGCUCGCCUUCUCAAAGAUUUUAAAGAAAUUCGACAAAGUUACAAACAAACAAGUUCUUCCCAUCUACCUUAAAGUUGUUGAGAGCUCCUACUUCAACAGUUCGGACAAGAUCAUAAAGUUGGCAGACGAAGUUGAGGAGAUUUUCGUGAAACACUUCACAGAAGAUAACCGAAGGAAGGCAAUGAAAUACCUGAAACCCACGCAACGCAAAGAGUCUCAUGCUGUCACCUUUUUCAUAGGGCUAUUCACGGGAUGUGUCAUUGCGCUUUUUGUUGGAUAUGCCAUCGUGGCUCAUAUCACCGGAACAUAUAGACCACAAACUAAUACAAUCUACAUGGAAACUGUGUACCCUCUUCUUAGUAUGUUCAGCCUGUUGUUUUUGCACUUCUUCCUAUAUGGAUGCAACAUCUUCAUGUGGAAGAAAACGCGUAUAAACUACAGCUUUAUCUUUGAGCUAUCAGCAACACGAGAACUUAAGUACAGAGACGUUUUCUUGAUCUGUACUAUGUCGAUGACAGUUGUAAUUGGGGUCUUGUUUGUCCAUCUAUCCCUGAUGUCUAAAGGGUACUCCUAUUCUCAAGUUGAAUCUAUUCCUGGCCUUCUCUUAUUGGUCUUUUUGCUAUUGCUUGUGUGCCCCAUCAACAUCCUUUACAAGUCAAGCCGUUACCGUCUACUAAGUGUACUAAGAAAUAUCGUGUUAUCACCUCUUUAUAAGGUUGUCAUGCUUGACUUCUUCAUGGCUGAUCAACUUUGUAGUCAGGUGCCAAUGCUAAGGAACCUCGAAUAUGUAGGAUGUUACUACUUAACCGGGAGCUACAAAACUCAAGACUAUGGAUAUUGUGUUAGCACAAAAAAUUACAGAGAUCUUGCCUACGCUGUUUCCUUUUUACCUUAUUACUGGAGAGCUAUGCAGUGUGCAAGGAGGUGGCUUGAUGAAGGUGAUACAGGGCAUUUGAUAAAUUUGGGGAAGUACGUAUCUGCAAUGUUAGCUGCAGGCGCAAAACUGGCAUACGAAAAAGAGAGGAGCCUGGGAUGGCUGUGUAUGGUAGUGAUAAUGUCAAGUAUUGCAACUGUGUAUCAAUUGUAUUGGGACUUUGUAAAGGAUUGGGGUUUGCUACAGAUGAACUCCAAGAACCCUUGGUUAAGAAAUGAAUUGGUUCUUCGUCGGCAGUUUAUUUACUUCUUCUCAAUGGGGUUGAAUCUUAUUCUGAGACUAGCUUGGUUACAAACCGUCCUACAUUACAAAUUCGGUAGCAUUGAUUACAGAUUGACAGGGUUAUUUUUAGCAGCCCUUGAAGUCAUUAGAAGAGGCCAGUGGAAUUUCUACAGGUUGGAGAAUGAGCAUCUAAAUAAUUCAGGCAAGUUUAGAGCAGUGAAGACAGUACCACUUCCAUUCCAUGAAGUGGACGAGCAAGAUUGAUGAUCAUAUAUAUUCAUAUGCAAAUUCUCAACAAUAGUUGAUGGUAGAAUUGGAUUCGUCGACCAAGCCACUCAUGGUUCACGAUGGAACCUCUUAGAUUGACAAGUUGAUGCAAAUAGAAUUUUUCAAUUUGUUCUUCAACUUUCCCAUGGUCAGUUUGUGCAAAUAAUUCACAUUUGUACAAAAUUAAUUCCUGCACCUAAUGGAGCUCUAGUGCCGUUUUUUGCACCUAUUUUCAAUGUUAGAUUCUUUUUGCUUCUAACAAACAUUGUAUUACCAUGUGGUAGAAGAGAAUCCUACUAUCA